GCAGCCUGGGAGCAGAACGACAUGAACUUGUGCAACCCAACGGGACGUCCCUGCUAUUGUGAGAGCCGCUGAGCUGCCCGGCUUGUGUGCGUGGAUCCCAUGCUGUGAGAGCCCCAUGCGGAGUGUGAGGAGCCCGGAGAAGCGCUGCUGAUCAUUGUCUCUCUUCCCUUACACAUUGCGGCUGAGGAUAUGGCGCUGCUGUGCGUGCUGCUGCUGAUGGGCUCCCUGUUGGGGGGCUCCUGGGGUCGGCGGCUGAUCUGCUGGCAGGCAAUGAUGCGGUGCCAGGAGGAAGCGGAGUGCAGCUAUGCCUACAGACAGUAUAUAGAGGCGUGCUCUUCUGUUCUGGUCAGGCCGGGAGAGGCCACCUCUGCAUCAUCCCGGCGCCGGUGCCCCAGCCACUGCAUCUCUGCCCUCAUCCAGCUCAACCACACCAAGUGGGGACCGGCUCUGGAAGACUGCGACUGCGCCGUGGACGAGACCUGCAGGGCCACCAAGAGGGCGAUCGAACCGUGCAUGCCGAGGACCAGCACGGAUAGCGGAGGGACCGGCGCUUCCAACGGCCGAGCGGUGAUGGGCUGCAUGGAGGCGCGGAAGCUGUGCGAGGGGGACUGGCGCUGCGGCACUUCUCUCAGUCGCUACCUGACGCAGUGCGGCCGCCUCUUCAACGGGCUGCGUUGUACGGACGAGUGCAAAGAGGUGAUAGAGGACAUGAUGCGGGUGCCCAAGGCGCUGCUGCUCAGUGAGUGUGAGUGCGACGGGCAUGAGAGGCCCAUCUGUGAGUCUAUCAAGGAGAACAUGGCCCGCCUGUGCUUCGGCAUGGAUGUGGGCAACUCGGGGCCGGGGAGCAGCGGGAGGUCCGAAUAUGACUAUGAUGAGGAGUAUGAGGAGGAGGUGGGGACCAAAGUGGAAGGCUCCUAUGAGGAUUAUCAGCAGCCGUCUGGGAAGCCCGGAGAGCAGGACGGUUCCAUUAAGGGGUCGCCCAGUGGGGCACAGACUGCUGCAUGGACUGGCUGCUUGCUGCUGGGAGCCAUUGUGCUGGCACUGCCUGUGCUAUAGCCGGAGAGAUAUGGACACAAACUCACUUGAAGCACUGGGCCUCCAUCAAAAAGCCACUGGCCCCAUGGGACCCUUUACAAAAAAGAUACCAGGGGUCCUUUGGGGCUAAUCGAACAGUACUAAAUGUUUCCAGGACUCAGGAAUGAUGCUGCCCAGUAUAAUUAGAACCCCUAUGGAUGCCAUGGAGGAUAUUGCUGCAAAUGCCAGCCUUACAUUUUGUAGUUUUAUGCAGACAGUUGUUCCUAAUAACUGGACAUAUAGGUUAGGGUUCCUGAGUGCUUGGUGAUACCUUAAGAAUGUACUGCUUGUAUUCUACCAGGUGCUGCUGAACUACAACUCCUGAUCCUUACCUGCAUUUGGAGUUGAAGGGUCAGUAGGAGCUGUUGUUAAUCAACAGCUGGGGGGCUGCAGGUUGCACAUAUUCUGGCCUACUCUUUACUAGCACCUUUUGCUUUACUGUGCAGCAGCUGUGAUUUAUAUUAUAGCAAGAGUGGUGUCUGUGAGUGAGUGUGAGUGCUUCUAACUUCCCCCUGCUCAUUUAGGAAUUAUGGCAUAUCCACUCUAUUGGUCAUCUGGCUGUAUACUUUACCAAAGUGCACACCAGUUCUUGGGAAUUAAUAUGAGCAUCUACAUGAAAUGUGGAGCUGGCUAAUACUUUUGAGGACAAAUGUAGGUUUUAGUCAGUACUAUGCAGUUCUUCUUUGAAACCUUGAUCUAGCCGUAAGAAAUGCCUUUUCACUACCCUGUUUGCAUCAGUCUAACAAUAUCCAGGGCUACUAGCUGCUUAUUUGGCUUUUGUCAAGAUGACAAGAUGAGCCAACCAAAUAUGGUGCCAAAACCACUGCCUUACAAGUCCAAAUUUCCCAUUCUAAGAUGGAGUUAAUGGAUAUCCUUGCCUGCCUUAUUGAUUUUAUGUCCUUCAGCCAAUCAAAAGUAUAGGGCAAUUCUGUAAUAUAAAGUACAAUUUUUCUUUUUUUGAGAAUGUAGAUCAACAAUAUGUUUGACCCAGAAUUCCUUUUUUUUAUGUUGUUAUCCACAGUCAUGGGUCAUGGUCAAAGAGGUAACUUUGGGGCAAACAUUGUUCAGUGUUUAAUUGUGUUUGGCUGCAGACUUACCAGCUCAAUCCUGUUGAUUUUAGUGAUAUUUUGUUUCCAUUUAAAAUGCUGCAUUGUCCUUUCACUUUUUGGUGCGUAAAGGAAACUAGUUAAUAGUUGGGCUAAAGUGACAAACCCAUGAUUGGUAGGCACUCCACAGAACUUAGUGGAACACUAUUUUGUACUACAACUGCUCCUUUAUAGCCAGUUGAAAAAUCACAUUUGUGGUGUAAUAGUUUGCCCCUAUAUUGUGCCUUUAACCUUGAAACAUUUAUCUAGAUCACAUUUGUGUAAUUUUGUAUGAGAAAAGAGUUGUGGCCUUACUAGUUGAACUGUACUCUUUCUUUGCACCGGGUAUAUCUGCAUUCUUUUAAACCUUAGAUAAACCGAAGAGAACCUUGGGUUACACAGUUGUGCACUGCCAUUUAAGAAAGUUCAUUUUAUGAAUACCCUGUAAAUAAAAUAUACAGAAAAAUAAAUAUUGUUAAUAGGAGUAUCAAAGUGAUCCUUUCUGGUUACAGCAAGACCUAUAAAUAGUGUAUUUAAAUAUUGCCUUUGUAACUCAUGACUUUACAUCUGUACAUAUUUUUUUAUAUAAAUUGUAUUCUCUGAUGAAUAAUUUAUUUAUAAUAUAGAGAUGAAAUUUUAUGUGUUUGCAAACAAUUUCUUGACAGAAAAGGUACAUUAUAAAAAAAAAAA